AAACCCAUUAAAAAGGUCGGGUCUGAAAUCCCUAAUUACAAAGGUGCUUCUUCCCAAACACAUAUAGUUGAGCAUUUUUCGCAUUUUCUCAGUGAUCUACAAACAAAUCUACAGGCAAGGACAAUCCAUUCGUUAAUCACACUUCAACUUCUUACUUAUGGCGGACGAGGAGCCUGUUGAUCCCAAGAGGGAGAUUGAAGAAAGCAUUUGCAAGCCCAAAUGUGUGAAACCCUUACUUGAUUACCAGGCAUGUGUGAAGAGAAUCAAGGAUGAUGAAAGUGGACAUAAGCAUUGCACAGGACAGUAUUUUGACUACUGGUCUUGUAUUGAUAAAUGUGUUGCUCCAAGAUUAUUCGCUAAGCUGAAAUAGUAAAAGCAUGGUGUUGGAUUGAAGACCACUCAUUUCUUGCGGCUAUGGUGCUAGCUCACCUUCCUUCUCUUACAUUGUGGUUUUGUGCUGCACAAUGAAUGCCUUUGAAUUAUAAUUUAAUUUUUGUUCACUUAAAAAGCAAAAAUAACAGUAAUUUUUAAGCACACUGGAGACUAUUUCUAGAAUAAAAGACGGUGUGCCUGUUUUGACAGAAUCGCUUAUCUGAAACACCUUGAUUUGUGCUUUUAA